AUGCGUGAUGUCGACUUGGGUCUCGGGGAGGAGUUUGAGACCGGGGGCGUGCUGGUGGGAGAGGGGAACCGGAGACUCGGUCGCGGGAAGGUGUACAUAGUAAGGACAGCUCCAGGGACGGCCCGGAAGCACAACGAAUGGAGAACAGCCGUCGACAUCCCCCAGCGGCGAUUCCGACGCUACGAGCGCUUUGUGCGCGCGUAUGGACUCGGACGCUGCUGUACACGGAUGGUGCACGGGUCCGCCGAGGCCACAACGCAGGUCCGCGGCGCCAGGCGAUCGGACUGGGACGACAGCCAUACUGAAUGGUCAUGGCCGGAGUGCGCAAGGAUACCGCCCCUUUCGUCGGGUUCAGACGAAGCGCCUGGCGUCUCGCUCGACAAAUCGGACUCGCGAGCGCGAGAAAUCAACCCUCCAUCCAUCUGCGGCGGCGCCACUGUCGUCGCGAUGUUACCGGUAUGGCGGGCAGGUGUCGUCUGGUAUCAGGUUAUGGAGACGACGAGACUGUUCGGCGGGAGUUGGCAUGCGAGUGACUCGGGUUGCGCGGCGUCCUCUGCAGCUGUCAUGCAUUCCAGGAUCAUGAUCAUGACGGGAACCCGGGAGGGGGGGGCGAUCCAAAGCGUCCAGAGUAAUGAGUGGGCCGUCCGGUGCCUUCGAGCGUGGCAAAGCGGUGAGCAGGAGAGACGAGAGCAGCGCGUGGUCCCCAUGUACGCUCCGAGCCUCCGGUUAGGAGUGGACUGCGUACCGAGAGGAACCCUGCGCACAACCCUAGAUAGGUCAGACUGUGUUGGCGUGAAUGCAGACUGCCGACCGGCGGUUACUGGCGAGAAUAUGAAUGACGUUGAGGGCGAGUCCCUCGAAGUGAAGUCUGAUAAUCGGACGGGCGGAGAAGGAGCGGCGAGGCCGGGGCUCAACCACUGUGCGAACAACGUCGUCAGUCUACCGACGCAAAGCGCAGUCGCGGCAACAUAG